GCAUCCUACAAGGGCUGGAAAUGACACUGGUGAUAACAGCCACCCCUGUGAUGGACACCACCUUCAACACUGCCGCUGCACCCACCCACCCCCUCUUUGCCUCUCUUUCUUAUGCCUCACAAUCGCCUAUUGACCAGGCACCUGUUCCUGCCCCAGACAUUAUGCAAAUGCCGGCCAGGAGCGAAGCCGCCAGCCCCCCGGGCCAUUGUGCAUUGAACCCUGAUGGCGCCCUGCCAGCUCCCAGCCGGCCUUUGUUCCCUGGCUGCGCUGCGCCACCCCCGCCACUGCCUCCCGCCCGCCCGAGGUGCCCUGCAGAGGAGCCACCCGCUACUUGGGUCCUUGCACCUGAAGAAAGGCCUGUCCACCUGUCCUCUCAUGUGGCUGUGACUUCUCUGAGCCACUUUGUCAUGCCCUGCACAGGCUGGCUCCACCCUGUCAGGUUUUCAAAGCAUGAUCCCAGCACUGGCAUCACCUGGCACCUGUCCAAGUGCCAGCCCGCGGGCCCCAGGCAGACCUGCCCAGCUAGAAGGUCCAGGAUGGCCCAGCUCUCCCAGGUGGACCAGCCUCCAGGUGUUCUGACGCUUAGUCCAGGCAAGAAGUUGGUUUUGUCGUCCCAUUUUACGAAGGAACACACUGAGGCACAGUUAUGAAGUGACCAGCCUGGGGCUAUGAGCGGGUGCCGCUGGAGCUGCAGCCGGGACCCGGUCUUCUGCCAUCUGCUCUUGUCCCUCUUUAAUCCCCUCAAAAUCUUUUCAUUCUAUUCUAUGGUCUCAA